CUUAACAAAGACUAAGAGAAACAGAAAAAAUAAAAAACAAGGUCAACUUACAUUAAAGAAAAAAAAAGUUGAUGACAUUUUAAGAGCUCAUAAAUCAGCAACACAUAUUAGGGAAAGCUCCCCUAAAGACAUUGAAUUUGACGAAGAAAAUCGAGACUUGGAUAAUCACGACAAAGCAGAAUUACCAGAAGCAGAUAAUCAAAAGAAGUUUGACGUAAUACCCGAAUCAGACGAGGAUUUGUUUGAUAAUAUGAACACAAAUGAUGCAGAAAACACGGAUACAAGAGCUAAGAAAAUGAACAAUGGAGAAUCGUCAGCUGUUAGAGAAAAUAAAAACACUUCAAAUCCAGUACAAAAAGUAACAUUUGAUGCAAAAUCUUCAAUUAGUAAGGAAAAUGUAUCCGAUAAUGAGACCACGAAUGAUGAAGAAGAUGUUAUCGGAGAUUUCCAUAGUGAUCGUAAGGUUAUAGGGGCCGAGAAGACAAACAAUCGAAAAUCGUCACGUGCCGAAAUGAUUAAAAAACUGCCAAAUUCAGUUAAUUCAACAAAAUUUAAUGUUAAACCCGGAACCAGUAAGAUCACCUUCCUCCACUCUCUCUCCCUGUAUAUAAGCUCAGCUCUGGUUCCGGUUCCGGGAACCGCGAUUAAAAAUUCCGGUGGCGCCCUUUUAUUAAUUAAUUUAGAUUCAUUACAAUGAACAAUCAAAAUAAUCACUCGAAAGGGGCGGCCGACUCUGGACAUGGUGCUCGUCAUUAUUCUGAGAAACACAAGAAUAUUUCUCUAUACGGUCAACGCUUGGCUGGUAAUAAUUCAUGUCAAAACACUUCAAACUCCGAACAAAAUAAUGAAAAAAAAUAACUUUUUUUUUCUAUGAGGAUGAUGAUAUCAUUUUGUAUCCAAUAUAUUCAAACAAGAUUAUCUCAUUUCUUUGUUAGUUACGAAUUUGCUAAUAAAUAAAGCAAGAUAUAUUAGAAA